GUCACAUGAUCGGCUGCUGACUGCUGUGCGAGUUUUUUUGAUGGAUACACGGUUCCUCAUUCGGUUUUUUCCACCUAGAAAUAUACGGAUUAUCGCAGCACGGCAGUUAGCUUAGCUACUCGAGGACAUUCCUGGGAAGAAAUACAGUUGAUGACCGCUGACAAAUACUAGGUAGCUAGUGGGUUAACAGAGCUUUGGCACGAUGAAUGGGCACGCUAUUCUGUACACCGGGGUCACUGUGGCCUUCUGGAGCACCCUGCUCAUCGUCGGUAUUUGCUAUACAAUUUUCGACCUUGGGUUCCGAUUUGACGUGGCAUGGUUUCUGACAGAGACCUCUCCGUUCAUGUGGGCCAACUUGGGGAUCGGCCUGGCUAUCUCCCUCUCAGUGGUAGGAGCUGCAUGGGGUAUCUACAUCACUGGCUCCAGCAUUAUUGGGGGUGGUGUAAAAGCACCAAGGAUUAAAACAAAGAACCUUGUCAGCAUUAUUUUCUGUGAAGCUGUUGCCAUCUAUGGGAUCAUAAUGGCGAUUGUCAUAAGCAACAUGGCCGAGAACUUCAGUGGCACCACCCCAGACACCAUAGGAGCACGGAACUACCAAGCUGGUUACUCCAUGUUUGGAGCUGGCCUCACUGUGGGCUUCUCCAACCUCUUCUGUGGCAUCUGUGUUGGCAUCGUGGGUAGCGGCGCCGCCCUGGCCGACGCCCAGAAUGCCAGUCUCUUUGUCAAGAUCCUGAUCGUGGAAAUCUUUGGCAGCGCCAUUGGACUCUUCGGAGUCAUCGUGGCCAUUCUGCAGACUUCAAAAGUUAAGAUGGGUGACUAGAAGAUGAGUGAAGCGUGAUCAUCUCAAGAAGCUAUAUUUUGCUUUUGUGUAUUGUGUAUAUAUGUAGUAACUUAUUCAAAUGCUUCUUUCUGGCAUGUCCAUGACCUUUUGAUCCAUUAUUUGCUGAAGGAUAUCUGAUUUUGGAAACUUCAGCACUCAUCAGCUCAGUAAUACCUUUGCACCAUGUUGUCUUAAAGAAAUGCAACUUUAAAGUUAAAUGCUAGUUUGCAAGUCUUUUAGACAAAUUCUCCAUUUUUAAACGUGAGUUUAUAGGAUUUGCUGAAAAUAUAAAUCGGUUUCACAGUAUUUCAGAUAUCACUUUUUGUUUAUAAAAUGAAAUGGUUCAAAUGGCCAUAUAAAACCAUAGAAGCAGUAAGUGUUUUUGAAUUAUUGAAUGGUUUCACAGUAGCGAGGUGACUCAAUAUUUUGAGGGUUUACCGCUCACUAAAAAUCUGCAGUGAAUUUGUGAACAUACACUGGAAUUUCAGAUGAAUACACUCAACCCAUUUUUUUUCACCUCGUGCUACACAAAAAUAUUGCUUUCCAGUGGUGCGAGUAAUGGCUUCUAAGGUACUAUCUGUACUGUGCGAGAGUGUGAGAAUUACAUUGUGAAGUAGUUUGCUGUGUGUCAAAUGGUAGUACAAACAUGUAAACAUUCUGUGACCAGUGCUUUGUAUUCGGAGUGAGCGUACAAAGGGAUAAGGCAAAUGAACCCAGUCACAUGACCCCAGUCACAUGACAGUUGCCAUUACCUGUUUGUCUUUCCAUCCUUUCGUUUUGUUUCUACCAACUGCCUUUUUCUACUGGUGUUUCGUACCGAUUUCAAUGUGGGACUAGAAUGUGCGAGGGGGAAAAAAAAAACAGGAACUUACUCAAAAUGUGUGCAUUGUAAGUGUGUUGUGUAAUAAUUGAAUUAUUCUGUAUGAAAUUAUAUUGAUUGCUGUUGGAAAGAGGUUCUAUAUCUGCUGAUAUGGAUGUGAACAAGGACAGAUAAUCUAUGAUUUAAAGAAUAUUAAAGUUGAAGAAUAUUAUUGUACACAUAAGGAUGUCUAUAUAUUGUACUUUAAUGAUUAUACACCUAUAGCUGAAAAUGUGUACAGUAAUCUUAGUAUUUGACUGUAAAUGGCCCCUGUACACCACCGUACUCUCUGUCCAUGACACUGCAGUGACCUUGUGAAGCAGCAGUUAUCCAUCUUGGUUUUGGAUGUUUUUAAAGGGGUACUUUUGAAUCAUAAAUCUUGAAUCAUUUAUAAGUUGUCUUAUUGAUUUACUGUUGCUGUGUUUAUAACCAAACCACCCUCAUUCACUAGAAAUGACCAAAAUAAAUACUCUGUUAAUUGUUCAACAAACUGUCUUCAUUCUUAAAGGACCACUUUUUGUGUUGUAGCAUUAAUUGCUAUUAAAAUGUAAUUUUCUUUUUUUAAAAUCUGUUCGUAUACCAUUUGCUUGACUAACCUGUCUUCAGAGCAUAUUUCAGUCAGAACAAGUGUUCUAUUCUUAUCCACUAUAAACCAAAAUGAGCUUGUCCCAAACGAUCUUUGUACUUUUUUCUUGUUUAUGUUCCUCUGCCAAGGUAAAUUUCAAGUACGCUGUACAUAACGUGGCUUGUGUGUUCAGGGCCUCCAUGUUUGACCACGUUUGUUUGAUAUGUGUAUAACAGUAUAGAUUCACAAAUGUGUGCUAUUGUCUCAUGUCAACCAAAAAUACUGAUUUGAAACUGAAUUUUUGCAUUUUGCAUAUAAUUUUCCUUAGUUUAUUUUAGCUGAGCUUUUAACAGGCAAACCACAGAUCUUGUGUACAAAAGUAAUCAGAUGACUUUUACACUGAUCUAAAAAUUACUGUAAUUUGGGUAAAGUGCACAUCAUUCCAUCCAUAUUAGAUUUUACUUUUCAUGUAUGAUGUCCUUAUAUUCAUAUAAGAUGUAAUUAUUUGUGAGUUAUAUCAUUAAAAAAGUCACUCUUCUGUAUAUGGCAUGCCCUAAGUAAUGUAAAUGUUUUCACGGUGAGGCACAUAGGCCACCCUCUCUGUUUCCGUGACUGUGUCUUAUGUUCAUGUUGUGAGACUGUUCUUUUAUUUCCUAAGAAUGUGUCAGUGGUUUCUUUUGAUGAGUUGUCCUUCAAGUUCUGUGGAGGAAUAAAACAUUCAGAUGUGACAUGUA